AUGGCCGACGACGAGACGCCUCGCUCCACCGGCGAUGGAAGCGGCCCCAAGCUGCCCGCGCCCAAGGACAAGAACUGCCCCUUCUGCCACCAGCCCUUCACCUCGUCGUCGCUCGGCCGCCAUCUCGACCUGUACAUCAAGCAGAAGAACCCCAAGGCCCCCGAUGGCAUCCACAACGUCGACGAUAUCCGCAGGAUGCGCGGCGCCAUCACUCGUCGCCAGGCCCGCAACUCGCACGCCAAAAAGUCCGAUCCCCAAGCUGGAAGCUCGACCGCUGCUUCGACGCCCGCCGCCUCGGUCCAGCACACGCCGCAGCAACAGCAGCACCACCUCCACCAGCCUCAGCCGCAGUCGCAACAGCAGCAGCAGCAGCAAAUACAACAGCAACAACAACAACAACAACAGCAGCAGCAGCAGCAGCAGCAACAGCAGCAACAACACCAACAGCAGCAACAACAACACCACCACCACCAGCAAACGCCAGUCGGGCCCGGGGGCGGGUCGCCCAUGGUCAUGCACAGCCCGUCGCUGAACAUGCCACAAGGCGGCAAGAUGCGCAUCGUGCUCAACGAGGCCAAUUGGCAGGCGACGGGCGUCAUCAACAACCUGCCGCCGCGGCCCAGCAUCUCUUCGGUCGAGAGCCGGGCGUCGUCGCGGCACGAGCAGCUGAAGCAGCGCUUCGAGAACAAGCAAGGGCUGUCGGAGGAGCUGGACCACGGCCGGGCGGCCGAGCUGGCGCUGAAAGAGGUGCUGGCGAGCGUGCGCGACGCUAGCGCCCGCUCCCUCGGCCCCAGCCUGUUCGACUUUGAUCCCUACACCAUGAACUUUCCCUCGCUGUGUCUCAACGUCCUACCUGCGCCCUCGACCCUCUUCUCGCCCACGCCCUUCCCCACCAGCGACUCGUGGUCCAUUUCCCCGCCCGGCCAGAAGCAGUUUGACGCCCUGAACCGCGCCGUCCGCGACCGCCUCAUGGCCCGCCAGCGCCACGCCCAGCUGUUCCCCGCCGCCGCCCAAGCCGCCGCGAAUCCGCUCGCCUCGGCCCCGUCGCCCAACUCGGCGACGCCGCUGCCCACGCCACCCCUCUUCGACCCGGACCCGCAGCGCCUGUUUGCGCACCUGCAGGACGCGUUCGCACACUGGAAGAGUCUGCCGGAGAAGCAGCGGCAGGAGCUCUGGCAGCUCGAGGUGCUGCGGUCGUACACGCGCGCCGACGAGGCGCGGCGGGAAGCCGAGAGCAGCCUGGAAGCGGCGCGCAAGGAGAUUGAGACGCUGAAGAACAACCGGUGGAUCAACAUGGGCAUGGCGCCGUCCAACACGUCGCCGUACGGGCUGGGCAGCACGCAGACGCCGCCAGGCAGCUCGACGUCGGUGUCGGAGGCGACGUUCAAGGAGCUGACGAGCAAGGCGGGACAACACCAAGGGCUGGACCCGCGGACGUGGGACUACGACCGGCUGAUGGAGAAGUGGACGACGGUGGUCAAGGAGAACCGCAAGGCGGUCAUGGGGCUGGCGGGCCAGCGCAGCCUGAGCACCAGCUCGAUGCCGGCGGGGCUGAACGGCGCCGUCACGCCAACAACGACAGUGCUGAACCCGACGGCGCACCGCGUGGGCUCGAUGGCGCUGUCCUCGACGCCGGGCGUCGGCGUCGGCCCUAACGGCUAUCCCACGCGCGACGGCGUCGUCGACUCGGACGCCACGGACGUGAUUGACGGCGAGGGCGAGGACGAGGACGCCGACGCCGACGUCGACGGCGAGGACGCGCCGCCGGGGUUGCAGCAGAUGGGCGCGCGACGGCUGGGCGGGCACCACGGGCAUAGCCAUAGCCGCAGCCAUGGUGGACAGAUGGCUCCGCAUCAUCAGCAGAUGCAGCCGGGCGCGCGGCAGGUGGGCACGCCGUUGCAGCAGCAGCAGCAGCACGCACACGGGACGCCGACGCUGCAGCGCGCGAGCAUGGGCGGCGGGCCGCGUGGAGGGGGGCAGCAGCAGCAGCAACAACAACAGCAAAAAUCGCAGCAACAACAGCAAUUAAACCAUCACCAGCAGCAACAACAAUCCCAGCAGCAACAGCAGCAGCAGCACACGCCCUCGCAGCACCACCAUACCCCCGCACAACACACGCCGCAGCCUCCACCGCAGCUCCCGCACCAGCACCAGCACCCCCACGCCCACACGCACACGCAAGCCUGGCAGCUCCCGCCCGCAACGCACCACGGCCACGGCCACGGCCACGCGCCACCGACAACACAUUUCCAGCCCAGCGGGCUGCGCGGCCUAGGCUCGAGCAGCACGACCGGCCCCGGUAGCGCAAGCACCUCUGCGACCGCUGGCGGUGGCGGUGGCGGUGCAGGCGGCGGAAGCGGAGGCGCUGGCGCAGGCGCAGGCACGCCGGGCGGGCGGAAGAUGUCGUCGCAUCAGCAGCACCAGCAACACCAACACCAGCAGCACCAACAUCAGCAGCAACAUCAGCAGCACCAGCACCAACAACAGAUGAUGGCAGAGGCGCCCGGCGCGUCGGAGCUGAUGCAGGGGAUUGAGGGCGCGGAAGCAUUUAUGGGCGUGGGUGUGGGUGUGGGUGUGGGUGUUAAUGCGGGGCCCGGGAUGGGUGUUGGGGGUGUUGGGGGUGGGUGGAGCUGA